UCGAUCUGUGCUCCUCUGUCUCCUCUCUCUCUCUCUCUCUCUCUCUCUCUCCAUUGCUCGACAGUCGACAUCUCUCGAGCGGGACAUAGCUCCACGACAGCCAGCCAUGUCGUCGUGUUACGGGCGGCUACCCGCCGCCGGCGCCGGCGCGAAGAACCUCUCCGCGCCGUCCACCUCGAGGCGUCGGCACGCGAUGGAGGCCCCGUGGCUGCGACACCAUCGCACGGAUCGGUGGCCGAGGAUCGCCCUGCGAUCGCCGUACCGGCCCGACCCGUGGCUCGCGGUGGCUGCCGCGCCGGGGGAGGGAUCGUGCGAUGGCGGCGGCGGGGGGAUCGGGAAGGAGAGGCCGAGGGCGGCGGGGCCGUGCCGGUACGCGGUGGGGGACAGCGAGGGGGGCGGGAGCGGCGGCGGCGUGGUGGAUCGGGCGGUGGGGAGCUGGUGGGGGUGGGGGGUGGAGAGGAGGAAGGCGGAGGUGGCGGCGGCGGCGGCGGCGACGGUGGUCCUGGGGGUGGGGAACCGCGUGCUGUACAAGCUCGCCCUGGUGCCUCUCAAGCAGUACCCCUUCUUCCUCGCGCAGCUUGCGACCGUCGGGUAUGUAGUUGUAUACUUCUCUAUCUUGUAUCUGCGGUACCAUGCUGGCAUUGUCACGGAUGAGAUGCUUUCAACGCCUAAAGCUCCUUAUGUUGCGGUUGGCUUCUUGGAGGCUUUGGCUGCUGCUACCGGAAUGGCAGCUGGAGCAAUUCUUUCUGGAGCAUCAAUUCCAAUUUUGUCUCAGACAUUUCUGGUGUGGCAAAUUCUCCUGUCCACUAUUUUUCUUGGGAGGAGAUACAAAGCCAAUCAGUUAUUUGGAUGCUUCCUUGUAGUUGUUGGUGUGAUCAUUACUGUAGCGAGUGGAUCUAGUCCUGGUCAUUCGCUGAAGGAAGCCGGUAUAUUUUGGAGUCUUUUAAUGAUAGCUUCUUUUCUGUUUCAAGCUGCCGAUACCGUAUUAAAGGAAAUAAUUUUCUUGGAUGCUGCUAGGAAUUUAAAGGGAGGGUCUGUGGAUCUGUUUGUUGUAAAUUCUUAUGGAUCUGCUUUCCAGGCCUUGUUCAUAUGCCUCCUCCUCCCUUUCUUGUCAAAAUUAUGGGGUGUUCCUUUUAGUCAGCUGCCAACUUAUCUUAGAGAUGGCACGGCCUGUUUUUUGAACAUUGGCCAAUUAUCAAGUGGAUGUGAUGGAGCUCCACUGCUACCUUUACUGUUUGUUGUGGUAAACAUGGGGUUUAACAUAUCGUUGUUGCAUCUCCUGAAGAUCUCGUCCGCGCUGGUAUCUUCGCUUGCCUCAACAUUUUCAGUGCCCAUAUCCGUGUAUAUCUUCACAUUGCCAUUACCAUACCUCGGGGUCGCAUCCUCGCUCCCACCGGGUUUUGUUGCCGGAGCCAUCAUCCUUGUGUUGGGCUUACUCAUUUAUACAUGGACACCAUCAACGACGCCUGCUAGUCCUUGACUAUUCUUAGCUAUAACUCGGACAAUAUGCAGCUGGCCAUCUCCAUCGGCAGUGCGGGCACUAUCAAGAGUGGUUGAUUUUGCUGAUCAACUGCCGCGAAUAACAGAGAUGAAGAUUGCCGAUUGCCAUGCUAAGCGUAAAUGCUUAAUAAGCAACUGAUUUCAUGUUCUAGGUAGACGGGAAAGAAGAGCUGUCCGCGCUCAUUCGAGUCGCUGUCGAACUGGACUUUAACUCGAAGUCCUGCUUCAGCGAGUUCUACAGGGGCGGGCUCGUUCACGCGCCUUGCCGGGCGAGGCUUAGAGUCUAAUUGUACAUUGUACUGAGUCCAUGUUGUUGUUCGGAUUGCUGAAAUGGGUUUAUCAGCUCAUAUUGUAAUAAAUGGAAGGAUGCUGUCAAAUGAGACAGCAACUUCUGCUUCUCUGC